CGGAAGAAACAAACAGACAGACAGAGAGAGAGAGAGAGAGAGAAAAGCUUCCAUGGUGGUACCCCAUGCUACCUUCUGCUCUUCUAUCGUCGCAACCUCACCUUCAUUUUCUACCCUUGUCUUAUUAUAAUACCCUCUCUCUCUCUCUCUCUCCAAUCAGGAGGAGGACCCAUCUGGGAAAUUUCACUAGGGUUUUUGUCCUUGCAUGAAUUGAGCUAUCACUUUAGGGUUUUCUGAUUAAAGUUAUCCAUAUAUAUAGCUAUGGAUAAAGAAGACGACUACUCGGCAACCUUUACUGGUCUAGACUACUCUCUAGAUCACCAUAGUCAUCAUCAACAACAAGAUCACGAAUUCGUUAAGUCUCGAAUUGGUGGAACUUCUGGUGAUAUCAGCAGUGGAAUGAUCGAUUAUAUGCUCAAUAAUCCCCAUCCCCUUCAGCAACAACUAUCAUCUGGGUUUUGCACUUCAACUUCUCUUGAUAAAUUGAGCUUUGCAGAUGUCAUGCAAUUUGCAGAUUUUGGGCCUAAGUUGGCCUUGAAUCAAACUAAGAUAUCUGAGGAAGGAACUGCUAUUGAUCCAGUUUAUUUCCUAAAGUUUCCUGUAUUGAAUGAUAAGAGGGAGGAACAGCAUCUAAUGGUUCCUCAUCUAGGUGGAGAAAAUGAAGAGAGAUUUAAAGGAGUAUGUAAUGUGGAAAAUGAAGCAGGAAUAUUGGUGCGAGAAGAUAGAGUUGUUGGAGAGGAAGAAGAAACUAGGGUUUCGGAUAAUACGUCGGUGCAACUCCAGUUUCUUGGAGACCAAGAUCUUCAAAACAAGAACAAUGCUGCGCCGGAGGUGAAGAACAAGAGGAGAAGGCCAAGAACUGUCAAAACUACCGAGGAAGUGGAAAGCCAAAGAAUGACUCAUAUUGCAGUGGAAAGAAAUCGAAGGAAGCAAAUGAACGAGCAUCUUCGAGUUUUGAGGUCUCUCAUGCCGGGAUCUUAUGUACAAAGGGGAGACCAAGCUUCUAUUAUCGGUGGAGCCAUUGAAUUCGUAAGAGAAUUGGAGCAACUCCUUCAAUGCCUAGAAUCGCAAAAGCGUCGAAGACUCUGUGGAGAAACUCCAAGACAGAUGGGAGAUAACUCUUUCACAGUCCAGCAAUCUCAGUCACCAAUAUUCUUUCCUCCUUUGAAUCUUCCAAAUGAUCAAAUGAAAUUUGCGGACUUUGAAACUGGACUCCGCGAGGAAACUGCUGAGAACAAGUCCUGCUUGGCUGAUGUCGAGGUGAAGCUUUUAGGGUUUGAUGCCCUGAUCAAGAUCCUAUCUAGGAGAAGACCAGGCCAGCUCAUUAAGACUAUGGCAGCUUUAGAAGAUAUGCAGCUUGAUAUCCUCCACACCAACAUCACCACCAUUGAGCAAACUGUUCUUUAUUCAUUCAAUGUCAAGAUUGAAAAUGAAUGUGGGUUCACAGCAGAAGAUAUAGCAAGUUCUGUACAACAGAUAUUCAGUUUUAUUCAUGCAAACAGCAGCAUGUAACGUAAUCUACAUGGCCUCAUGGAUCUUUUCUGUACUUUUUAUUUUUCUCACAAUGGAUGAAUUCAUUUCUUCUUUUGGGGAACGUAAAUUUGCUUAGCAGAACUAAGUAGUGGUGAUUCUGGAGAGCAAAUAAGCUAACUCUCUUGUUCUCUUCUAUUUUACUGCAUAUUUCCCCCCCCUUUAUAGCGGAUUAUUGUGGCAGCAUAUGUGGUUAUCCCCUUGAGAUAUCAUUUGCUGAA